AUGGCAUCCACAAACUCAAACACCAGGUUUACGCCAUUUAGCCUGGCUCUGCAGAAUGGGGCUAUAGUCACCGGGAUUGCUCACAUCCCUUCCAUGACUUCGACCACUCAUACGCAUUCCAAACCACUCAUCGUCGGAAUCCAUGGCGCUACUUGUACGGCUCAAAAUUUCGACAUUUCGGAAGAUUACACAGCAUCGACCGUCUCGGCAGCUCUGGGUGUGCCGUUUGUCGCGUUCAACCGUCCUGGAUACGCCGGCUCUUCACCCCUGGCUCCAUUUGACGAGGCAACGAGCUACCUCCGCGAAGAUGGAAAUUGGGAACACAAUUUCAUACUUCCCGCACUAUGGAACCACUUCGGAGUGACAAAUGGCUGCAAUGGUAUUGUCCUGUUGUGUCACUCCAUGGGUGUGCCUGGAUCUAUGGUUGCUGCAGCACUAUGGUCGCAAGAGAACAGCCCGAAAUACCCGCUGCGUGGGCUGAUACUGUCAGGCUUUGGUGUUGAAACAUUCUGGACUGAUCAACCAGCUAUCCUGGAGGGCCACGGUCCUAGCAGUUCGGAACUUAGCUUCCCACUUGCGGUGAAAGAGACACUGAUGCUCAGUGAGCCAAGUCUGUGGUGCGCCGAGCCCAAAGUUCGUUCUCUUGUGGGCCCUCAGACGGUCCCUAUGAAACGUGACGAGCUGAUUGAUAUGGGGUUUAUUUGGCCACAAUACUGGAGAAGUUAUGCGAAGUCCGUCCGCGUUCCUAUCCUUUACGCUGUUGGUGAACAUGACUGGCUAUGGAAAGGCACCAAGGAACUUGUACACGAGUUUGGUUCCUGUUUCCCGAUAUGCCCGAGGUUCGAAGGAAGUAUUGUACAAGGCGCACCACACGCGCUAGAGUGGAGUUCUGUCAGUCUUGGAUGGUAUGCGAGAUGCUUUGGGUGGGCGAUCGAAGUCUCUACAUAUCCUCUGCAAUGA